CAUACAUUUAAAUCAGGCUCCGUUUGCCGCAUCAUCUACAGCAACACCACCAGAAAAUCUUGCAGUGGUAGCCUACGUAACUAGUUGUAGGGGGAUUCAUUAGGCCGAGCCGAUCUGUAGUGGAAAGCAACUUUAAUGUCAUGUGAUGCGCAGCAAACGUCUCACGGCCUUGUGCGGGGAAGGUGCUCAGGUCUGGCCUACUUGACUGCUCGACAUCGUCACUGUUAAAGUAGCACCAACGAUAUGUCUGGCGCUGAGGUUAUCGGGUUGAUAUCAGCUAUAAUUUCGAUUGUUGAGGCUACCGUUCAAGUCAGCAACGCCAUCAAAGAUGAGGCUGGCCUACCCCCAAACUUCAAGGCUUCCGCAACAAAGCUUCCACUAAUCACAAAGCUUCUCGAUGAUGCAGAGAGAUAUGUCAAAGGGUCGAACGAAGAGUCUAUCGCCUCUACCUUCAAACCAAUUUUAACAGAUUGCGAAGAGAAAGCCAAGCAGUUGCAGCAACUCUUCGACAAAGUAGUCCCAGCUGAGGGCGACUCGCGAAUGCAAUGCUACCUUAAAGCUGCUCGAACGAUUGGCAAAGGUGGUCGGGUGGAGACUUUGAUGGCUGGUCUCCUUGAUAGCGUGCGGCUGAUGGCGACCAACUUUCCGGACACAUUCACACCGAGGGGACAAGAGAGUUUGGCAAAGGCGAUUGGCGAGGUGGCUGAGAUGGAGCCAUCCUUGCCUAAUGACUUUGACACCAAAUCCUCCUUUGUUCAGCACGGGAAUGGGGUGCAGAACAACAAUUUUGGCAAUGACAAUAGCAAUAUAUCGGGCAGUCAAAACCAUGGCUCGGGUACGAUGUUCGUUGGUCAUAAUAUUGGUAUGCCGCCUAAGCCAUAGAUGUCUUGUCGUUAAAAUACUUAAUUAUUGUAUAGUUGUUAAUCAUCCUGCAAAAGAAAAUAUCCAAACUAGUAUAACUAGCCUCAUGUUUGAUUCAAGUCUGUGGGGCAAUAAUUUUGACAUUACUUUUAGUAUGUCUGAAGUGCCCAGGAUCCGGAGCUUUGUGGCACGAGAAAAAGAAAUUGAAGAGAUGCGUCAGUCGCUCAGCUCUGGUAUCGGCCGUCGCAUCGUCGUCCUCCAAGGACUUGGUGGCAUUGGCAAGACUCAAAUUGCUGCAACAUACAUUGAGCGAUUUCAGCAGGACUUCUCUGCGAUAUUCUGGCUGAAUAUGAACGACGAAGUGUCUAUUCAUCAAAGCUUCGUUACGAUGAUGGAACGGAUCUUGAGCCAGCAUCCUACCGGAAGCGCGACCAGCGCGCUGAACCGACAGGAAAGCAACGACGCGGUCAUCGAAGCUGUCAAAGUUUGGCUCGGCUUACCGCGUAACACAAGGUGGCUCCUUGUAUGCGAUAACUAUGACAAUCCAAAUUUCAGCAAUAUUACCAAGCAUGGGAUAAACAUCAAUCAUUAUCUUCCCGCAGCAUUUCAAGGCUCUAUUAUUAUCACGACUCGAACAUCGUUUGUUAAUGUCGGACACCAAAUUCCCAUAAGAAAACUCGAAUCAAUCGACGACGGCCUUAUGAUCCUAGCGGCGAAUUCGUAUCGGCACCACUUGCAUGACGAUAUAGAUGCAAAGCGCCUUGUUGAAAAGCUUGAUGGGCUACCACUUGCAAUUGCUUUGGCUGGACGGUAUUUGGAGCGCUCUUCAAUGAGCUUCGCUGACUACCUUCAAUUUUAUGAGACGUCAUGGGCAAGUCUCCAAGCAAACACUCCAAGCUUGGGAUCUUACGCUGAUCGCACGCUAUGCACGACGUGGCAAAUUUCUUACGAGCAUGUUCAACAGCACAAUAGUCUUGCUGCGCAUUUACUUCGAUGGUGGGCAUUUUUUCACAGGGAAGACUUGUGGUUUGAACUCGUUCAACACGCGGCAAGCGAGGGGCCAGAGUGGACACGUGGUCUUGCCAAUAGGCUACACUUUGAUGCCGCUAUGGGCAAGUUGUAUGAUUAUGGAUUCGUCGAAGCACAUCCUUCUAGCAACGAUGUAGGUGAGUCGAGGGGUUACACGAUUCAUGGCUGCCUGCAUUCAUGGAUAAGUCAUAUAUUACACGACAAAGAAGAGAAGGACCUAUCUACGCUGGCCUUUACAUGCAUUGCGUCACAUGUUCGUACGAGUGACAAUGAGAAGUACUGGUUGCAUCAACGACGUCUUAUAUCUCAUGCAAUAGCCUGUUCCAACUUAAUCCAGAAUAGCUACAAAGAUUUAAGCUGGGGCUUUAACAAGGUUGGAGAUCUUUUCAUGGACCAAGACAAACUGAAUGAUGCCGAGAAGAUGUACCUUCGAGCACUUGUGGGGUAUGAGAAGGCAUGGGGUCCAGAUCAUACGUCAACGUUGGAUACUGUCAACAAUCUAGGGAAUCUUUAUGCAGAUCAAGCUCAAGGCAAGACGGAUGAUGCUGAGAAGAUGUAUCUUCGAGCACUUGCGGGGAAGGAGAAAGCCAUUGGCCAAUCUGAUAUUGCUACAUAUCGACCGGCAAUUAAUACCAUCUUGAACAUAGGCAUCUUACGACAUGAGCAAGGAAUGCUCCUUGAUGCUAAAGACCAUUAUCAGCGCGGGUACGAUGGCCUUUUCGCACUGCUUGGGCCGGCUCAUGCAGAUUCUUGCUUAGCCCUCAAGAGACUUGUGGAAGUGGAUGAUGCGAUUGCUAGAACCUCAAGUAUUAAGCAGACAGACUAGAUAAAUAUUAGGUACAAGACGUUGUAGGGUUGUCCUGCACCAAGCCGGGCAUGAAUCCUGAUUCUAGUAACUGGUGGCUCCAGUAUUAUCGGUGCGGUGUUACAGUAUAUAUGCAGCAUUAUUAUAUUGUAGAACA